UGGGUGAUUAUGAAUUUAUAAAGUUUAAUUAAGAGAAGAAGAAGAGGAGGUGAAUGAAGUUGGUGCAGACUUGGUUGAAGAGAAGCUGCGCAGACCUUUGGCCCAGCUAGGAGUAAUUUAGAGACAAUAAUAAAUAAAGUCCUGGAUAUUUAAACAUCCUGUACAGGGGGUGAUGCUGAGAUGAUGCAACCAGAGGAGGGGGCAGAGGAUCAUCCGGCUGCUGCCAACAGUAAGGGGCUGACAUCUGAAACCGAUGCUGCCUGCCCUCUCAGUCUGAAGUUGUGAAUUUCCCGAAAUGGUAGCGACCGCAUAUGAACAUUCAUCGGACCUCCGUCAACCUGUCAAACAGGGAAAUUAGGAGAACCUCAGAUUGAGCUGUAAAUGUAUCAGCAUCAGAGAGCUCAGUAUGAAGAAGUCGGUCCGGCCAGCGGUGAGUAAGGUGAGCGGAGAUCGAGGGAAGGCAGAGGCCGCGGCUGCCACUGGGCCCGGAAAACCUGCAGCCAAGACCAGCACCACCGCACCUCUGUCUAAGGUGAAGAGCAAUGAUGAUCUUUUAGCAGCUAUGGCUGGAGGAAAUCCUGCAUCAAAUAAUGCUGUCACCAAGGCCAAGAGGACUGCCUCUAUUGGGACUAAUGCUAGCAACCUAGACAGCAAGCCAAAGACAACAUCAGGUACUUCAUCCAAGCGGUCGACAGCUUCGAUCUCAAAGGAGACAAAUUCAUCAAGGGACCGUCUCCGGACAUCCAGGACCUCAGCCAAUAAGAAGCAGUUAGUAUCAGGGACUGUAGCAGGGGAUGUGGCCUCAGGGAAGCGCUCUCGCGGCCAGAUCCUGGCAGAGUCUGAUGGCCGUAUGAGCAAGUCCAAAUCCGAUGGCCAGAUCAGUGAUAAGGUGGCUCUGGAGGCCAAAGUAAAAGACCUGGUGGGUUUGGCUAAAAGCAAAGACGUGGAGAUCCUCCACCUUCGCAGCGAGCUGAGGGACAUGAGGGCCCAGCUUGGCUUGGGAGGGAACGAAGCAAUGCCCCAGGAAGAAGCUGGGGAGGAAGAGAAGCCCCAGGUGUCAGUCAUCACAGCAGCAGACGUGGAGUCCACUCUUAUUCUCUUACAAGAGCAGAACCAGGCCAUCAGAGAGGAGCUGAACCUGCUCAAGAGUGAGAACCGAAUGCUAAAGGACCGGCUCAAUGCGCUGGGCUUCUCUCUGGAGCAGAGGCUGGAUGGGUCUGACAAGCUGUUUAACUACGCCUCCCUGAGCCCGGACCUGGCAGCAGGCAGCGGGCAGAGCGAUGGCGGAGGAACAGGAACGCUGACCUCCUCAGUUGAAGGCUCUGCCCCCGGCUCUUUGGAGGAUCUGCUCACAGGACACCAACAUGGAGGCUCGGCAGACAACCUCGACAGUGAAUCUAGCGAGGUCUACCAGGCAGUCACCUCCAGUGAUGACGCUCUGGACGCCCCGUCUGGAGCCUCCUCAUCAUCCGAGUCGGAGUGCGCCCCCAGCAGGGAGUGCUCACGGAGAGGCAGCAGUGGCAAUGCCAGCGAGGUGUCAGUGGCCUGUCUGACAGAGCGCAUCCACCAGAUGGAAGAGAACCAGCAUAGCACUGCUGAGGAGCUCCAGGCCACAUUACAGGAGCUGGCUGACCUGCAGCAAAUCACCCAGGAGCUGAACGGAGAGAACGAGCGGCUAGGCGAAGAGAAGGUGAUCCUCAUGGAUUCCCUGUGCCAACAGAGCGACAAGCUGGAGCUGUACGGUCGACAGAUUGAGUACCUGCGCUCUCUGCUGGAUGAGCAUCAUAUAUCGUAUGUGCUAGAGGAGGACAUCAAGAGUGGCCGCUACAUGGAGCUGGAGCAGCGCUACGCAGACCUGGCAGAUAAUGCCCGCUUUGAUAGAGAGCAGCUGCUGGGGGUUCAACAGCACCUGUCCAACACGCUGAAGAUGGCUGAACAGGACAACGCAGAGGCCCAGGAGAUGAUCGGAGCACUGAAAGAGAGAAACCACCAGAUGGAGCGCAUCAUGGAGUCAGAGCGACAGGGUCGAGCUGCCAUGGCGGCCACACUUGAGGAGUACAAGGCAGCAGUGAGCAAUGACCAGGCGGAGCUGAGCCGUUGCAGAACCCAGCUGGACCAGGAGAGGCAGAGGGUGGCCGAGCUGUACUCUCUUCACACUGCAGGGGACAAAAAUGACAUCUGCCAGCUGCUUGAAGGAGUUCGUCUGGGGAAAGAAGAGGCUGAGGCCAAGGCGGCGAAGUUGCAGGAGGAGCUGGAACAAGCCCACAGUGAACUCACCCGGCUGCAGGAGACCUGCAGUAAGCUGGACAGGGAAUACAGAGACUUCCAGGAACAGGUGCAGCAGCAGAUGGCCGAGCAGGAGCGCGCGCUGGAGAAGCAGCGCGGGGAGCUGCAGGAGAAAGAGACUGAGAUCGCAGACAUGAAGGAAACCAUCUUUGAGCUGGAGGAUGAGGUAGAGCAGCACCGAGCUCUUAAACUCCACGACAACCUCAUCAUCACAGACCUUGAGAACUCUGUGAAGAAGCUGCAGGACCAGAAGCACGACAUGGAGAGAGAGAUUAAGAUUCUUCACCGCAGACUGAGGGAGGAGUCGAUGGAGUGGCGUCAGUUCCAGGCUGAUCUGCAGACAGCCGUUGUCAUUGCUAAUGACAUCAAGUCCGAAGCACAGGAGGAGAUUGGAGACCUGCGGCGCCGGCUGCAGGAAGCCCUGGAGAAGAAUGAGAAGCUGAGCAAAGAGCUGGACGAGGUCAAGAGCCGCAAGCAGGACGAGGAGAGAGGUAGAGUGUAUAACUACAUGAAUGCCGUGGAGAGGGACCUGGCUGCUCUCAGACAGGGGAUGGGUCUCAGCCGGCGAUCCUCCACCUCCUCAGAGCCCUCGCCCACCGUCAAAACACUCAUCAAGAGCUUCGACAGUGCCUCACAAAGUCCCCCUACCAAUGGUGCCACUGUGGCUCCAACAGCCUCAGCUGCCCCGCUACCACGCACCCCGCUCAGCCCCAGUCCUAUGAAGACGCCCCCAGCAGCUGCUGUUUCACCCAUACAGAGACACUCCAUAACUGGGUCUAUGUCAGCUGCCAAGCCGCUCUCCUCCAUGAGUGAUAAGAGGCCCAGCUACACAGACAUCACCAUGCCAGCUGAGCACCUCCUCAGGGGAACCUCAGCUAGCCGGCCUCCGUCUGCCCUCCAGAGGGUCUCCAACAUGGACUCCACUAAGGCAAUCUCAGUGUCCCGCCGGAGCAGUGAGGAGAUAAAGAGGGACAUGUCUGCUUCAGACGGGGCCUCCUCAACCUCCCUGUUGGCUAUGAGUACUGCCUCCUCCCCGCUCUCCCUGUCCUCCUCCUCCCCCACCGCCUCCAUCACUCCCACAGCACGCAGCCGCCUAAGAGAAGAGAGAAAGGACCCACUGUCAGCACUGGCCAGAGAGUACGGAGGCUCCAAGAGAAAUGCUUUGCUAAAGUGGUGCCAGAAGAAGACUGAGGGUUAUCAGAACAUUGAUAUCACAAACUUCAGCAGCAGCUGGAAUGAUGGCCUGGCCUUCUGCGCCGUUCUCCACACCUACCUGCCUGCACACAUCCCCUACCAAGAGCUCACCAGCCAAGAGAAGAGGAGAAACUUCACCUUAGCAUUCCAGGCUGCAGAGAGUGUGGGCAUCAAAUGCACUUUGGACAUAAAUGAGAUGGUGCACACAGAGAGGCCAGACUGGCAAAGCGUCAUGACUUAUGUCACGGCCAUCUACAAGUACUUUGAGACCUGACUUCACCAUCUUCCCCUCCCUGUUCCUGCAGCACAAUCAGAGCAAGCUCUCCUGAGCUCGCAGCAACCUUUCAACCCCGCUGUCAACUGUUAUACCUCACACCCUCUCCCCCACACCACAGCGACACCCUGUCACGCUGCAUGUCGGUCCACAGUAUUUAGCGACACUAAAGGCAGACCAGAACCUCACUGGACACACAGCUAAUCCAUCCUCCCAGUGCAGCGUCAAAGGCGCUUUGUGUAGAGUUUGGGCUUUCCUGUAUGUCUACCGUUACACUAGUAAGCCAUGCCUCUGGUAGAAGCCUAGCGAACCAAGUAUUAACUGACGAGCGAUGAAAUCCUGCAGAUCACCUUUGCCUUCAGUUCACGUCUGAAGGAGCAGCAGGAAAAAGAAAACCAAGUCUCAGUGCCUUCUACCUGGCUUUUCCUGGCAAAUAAUAUUCCUUCACAGUUAACCCAGUUUGCACGGUGUUAAGGGGGGAAUUCCUGCAAAUCCGAUUUUCAACGUUCUUUGCAAGAGGAUUCAUUUUCAUAAACGGUCACAAUGUUUUUUCUUUUGUUGGUUGUGAAUAUUUUUGUGUAACUCAUCAGCUUUCUAAAGAACAACAAACCAAACGAGCCAGUGAUGUUGGAAUUCCCCCCACAACCCUGAAAAUCCCCAUCGAAAGGAAUUCAGACAGAUGCAGCCUUUUUGCACGAAGUCUUCCAGACGUUACAGUAUGAUACAGAUGCCUCUCUUUCAAUGGAAAAAGUGCCUGUGUGGAUUUUGAUGCUGGAAACCAGGAUAUGAACACUCUCUGUGGGCCAAUCGUGAAGAUUUGAGGAGUUGUUGCCAAAUAUGUUUUCAGAGCCUUUUGAUUUCAGCAGCACAAACACACUCAUGAUGGUUUUACACUAAAGGUCUCAUGGACUGCUAAUAAUUUGAUGUGUAUGGAGUUGAACGCUAAACCAUAUAAUGUGAGUGUUUGUGUUUUGUAGGCCUGCAUUUGCCAUCUUGCACUUAGACUUCUUUCAGUAGGCACAUACAGCUCACUGCAUCAGUUCAUCAUAAAUAUAAGUAGCAUUUGUUUGUUUUUAAUUAUAAAAUGUCUGUUGACUGAGUUCUGUUCAGAUCAGAGAGCCUUAAACUUUAUAAGCCUGGGACUCUAAUUUGUGAAAUAGCGUGUCACCCAGGGCCCUCAUUUUGGGAGAAUGUGCUCUAGUAUUUGGAAACCAGCAGUGACAGAUUCAUAGGUGAAGACUCGCUUUAUUUCAAUGCAGCGUCUCAUUAAAAAGGAAUACUUCCGCUUAUUAGGAAAUACACUUAUUUACUUUCUUGCCGAAUUUGAUAUGACUUUCAUGCCUGAACGUUAAAUAUAAAGCUAGAACCAGGAGAUUUUGUGUGUUUGAUGCUGAUGUUGUGUUAGACAUUUUUGAAAUUAGUGUGAGUAACCAUUACUAUAGAGAUCCUUUGUAGCACACAGUGUAAUUUCAUUUGUCUGAUUUCAGUCAGCAACAUUGAUUUUUGUGGGUAACACUUUGGGUCCCCCUAUUUAGUAAGCAGUAUAAAUACAAUACAUUAUGCAGCUAUAAGGACAUUUAAGGCAGUUUUAUAUACACUUAAAUCUGCUUACAACUACAUUAUAGUGUGUUAUAGACCGUUUAUUAAAUGUUUAUAUACUGUUUGUAAAUGCUAAACAGGGGGGACUUAAAACAUAGUGUUGCCAUGUAAUGCUGUGUGAAUGCUGUGAGUUUAUUGUGCCUCAACAUACCAAGUUCACUGUAUUUAUUUGCAUGGAUUCCAGACAUUGUAGUGAGGUCAUUGCUUUAUUUGUGUGCCUGAAGUGUAUAUGAACAUAUCACACAUACAGUUUAGUAGAUGCACUGAGAUAAGCUUUUUUUGUUUAACUCCACACCCAUUUCCUGCCUUAACAGUUUCCGCGAGUGAACCUGACGCUUCAAACUCUGGCUAUCUCAACCAGGCUAUGUGUCACAGCGUGGAAAUUUGUUUCUAAAACAAGGUCCAUCUUGUUUGGGCCUCUUGAUGAACACUAAUAGAAAGUGACUGUGAGAAACUGGUUGGACGUGUCUGGUGAAGGUGACUGCACACUGUUGGUUUGGAUCAGAUGGGGCUGCCAAAGGGUAUCCGUAGCAACAUCAGAAGCAACAUUUUUGUCUCGAUUUUGAAGCACAUCCUGCCGUGCCGUUUGCCAAGCCACCUUGUGACAAUGUGUCCAGCUGCAUUAGAUAUUCAGUGAUUUAAAGUUAGCACAAGAGCCUCCAAAAAGGACAGUUCCUUUUUUUUUUUUGUGUACGAGAGAGUGCGAGUGAGUUAUUUAAUGGCAUUUGAAAAAGCAUUGGCUCUCUGUUGAUAGGGCUUUGUGAUGCUGAGGAUUAUCAGCCAAUGUUUUUAUUGUGUUUUGCUUGAUUCCACCGCUGGCCCACAUGUUUUAUUGCUCCCGACAGGAACGUCUGAAAGCUACAGAAAGAUCUGAAACCUCUCCGUCCUGGAAGUGGAAUGUGUUUUGAUCACGCUUUAGUGAUCCUGGGACUUUACGAGGACCAGCGCAUGUUGACGUGGAGUGAUUGAUGAACACUGAGCCCGGCCUGUUGAGGAGAGACCAGAGAGCUGGCAAAAGCUAGGAAGCACAUUCCACCUCCACAUGAUACAGCCGUAAGGGACAUGUUACAGUAGUGUUUGGGACCUGACGUGAUGCCCUUUAAGUGUAUAGCUUUACCACAGCGAGCAAAGCAAAUGUGAACGGUGCAUUAUAGGGUCCUUUUUAUCACUCUACAUUUAUUUUUCUUUUGGUUUACUUGAAAAUGCUCUGAGAAUUCCACUGAACCUGCUUAAGUUUGUUAACUUUUUGUUUCCGUGUUGCCUUUUUUACAAUCCAUGCUAGAUAUUGUUUUUGGUGAGGAUUUUCUAAGAGAGUAUCCUGAUCACACUACAUGCAGUGCUGAAAUUGUCCCUUAGCAAAGAAUAGAGCUGAAUGAAUAAAUUUGUGUGUGUAUGUGUAGGGACUAAGCUACAGUAUUAAGUGCACACUAUGAUGAUAAUCAGUUGUAAAAAAAAUUUAUGCUGUUUGGAUUUGUGGUGUUUUAUUUUUUCUGGCAGUAGUUAUAAAAGACCAUUGAAACAGCCA